CUCACAUGUUCCCUCACAUGCAUACUCCAAUGGUUUAGGUCAUGUAUGAACAAUGUGAUCAGACCAGAAGUCCGGUAAAGAUAAAUUAACCUGUUGCUCAGUUUCUGAAUCAUUUCAGCAAAACAGCGUACUAGUACACACUAUGGAGGCUGUGGUGGGCAUUGGGGUGUUGGUCGUGGCUGUAGGAUUUUAUAUCUUAUGCUCUGUGUAUCUGCUGUGUAACCCACUUAUUCUCCACAAGAAGAAAUAUUUAGCCUUUCACAGCAGACACAUUUCUCACAGAGGUGGUGCGGGUGAGAGGAUAGAAAACACCAUGGAGGCUUUUACACAUGCAGUGGAUGUGGGAACUGAGAUGUUGGAAGUGGACUGUCAUUUAACUCUAGACGGUUAUGUUGUGGUGUGCCAUGACAAAAACCUUGAAAGACAGACAGGAUGUGACGUGGACGUCUCUUUGGUUAAAUAUCAGGACUUGCCACUCUAUAGAGAGAAGCUUGAGGUCACAUUCAAUGCUGGGCAAUUCAGUACGGGGAAGGACCGGAGAAUCGCCCUGCUGGAGGACGUCUUCAAGAAAUUCCCCCAAAUGCCAAUCAACAUCGAGGUUAAACAAAACAAUGAUCUGCUGAUACAAAAGGUCUCCUCCCUGGUGAAAGAGUAUGGCAGGGACAACAUCACUGUCUGGGCCUCUGAAGACUCUCAAAUCAUGGCAAAAUGCAGGAAACAGAAUCCCUUCAUGCCAUACAGCUUCACCAUCAGACGAGGAAUCCUUCUUCUAGCACUCUACUACACUGGCCUUCUGCCCUUCUGCCCUCUGGGAGAAAGUCUAUUGCAGUUCUACCUGCCCAGAGUAAUCAACAGGAGUUAUAUUCCAGAAGAGUCUUUCCUUAAGAAAAGAUUUGUGGUCUCGCUCAUUGAAAAGCUGACUAUGAGAAAGUCUUUGUUUGAGCACUUGGAGAAGCGAGGCAUGCAGGUGCAGUUGUUUGUGUGUAACAAGGAGAAGGACAUGGCUGCGGCUUUCGGAUUCGGUGCUACAGGAGUGAUGUCUGAUUAUCCCACCAUCCUAUCAGACUACCUGCAAAAACAUCGGGCUGUUUAA